AUGGCGUCGAAGACAUCAUACCCAUUUAAUUCUAAGCAGGAAUGGUUUCUUCAGACCGAUACAAGUUUCGAAUGGACGGAGUGGUGGGCCGAAGUGGAAAACAGCUUCCUUCAAGAGCCAGUACCCGAGGCAACCCAUGCCCUGCUUCAACUCGGCACUCGAUCAUCGUUUGAAGAAUCCAGCCGUCCUCCAGCGGUAUCUCCAGCAUCGACAGAUACAUCUGAUCGAUUCCCACCAGAAACACACGACAAUGCAUCAGAGCAAGAUGAGACCAUCAGCAAAGCAAAGAAACGAAAGAUACAAAACCGCGAAGCCCAACGCAAAUGCCGCGACCGACGCCGAGAGCAGGUACUCAAUCUCGGCGAGCGAUUGAGGACGAGCAUGGCGGAGAACAAGAACCUACAGGCACGACAAGCAAAGCUUGAAGAGGAGUGCAAUCGUCUGAAGUCGGAGAAUGGUAUCUACUGUGAGCUUUUGCAGAAUUUCUGGACCAUGACGUUUUCAGAGGAUAAGCCUGCAGCAUUGGCCAGUGAGCAGGAGGGGAGCCUGCCGGAGUUGUGA